CCGAGCUCCUCGCCAGGCUCCCUUUCCACUUCUCACCGUCUGAUGGAUCCCAAGGAGCUCCCUUUCUUGAACUUCCUGCUGUUUCUCUCCCUGACUUUUGAACUGAGCUGCGGAACAGGUGAGAGCUCGAUGGAUUGCCCGGUGAUCCCUGGGCAGUUGGGAAGCAGUGUGCUGCUUCCCCUGACAUCUGAAGGGAUAAGGAACACGAACAAGAGCAUCCACAUCAUUGUCACAAUGGCAAAAUCACAGGGAGAAAACAUCAAGAAGAAAAUUGUAUCUCUUGAUUUGCCCAAAAAGGUCUCUCCACACUAUGUAGAAAAUGGCUAUAAAUUUCAUCUGGAAAACCUGAGUCUGGGAAUUCUGGAAAGCAAGAAGGAAGAUGAAGGCUGGUACUUUAUGACCCUGGAAGAAAAUGUUUCAGUCCAGCACUUUUGCUUGCAGCUGAGCCUCUAUGAGCAGAUCUCCACUCCGGAAAUUAAGGUGCUGAACUGGACUCAAGAGAAUGAGAAUUGCAGCUUGAUGUUGGCCUGCAUGGUAGAGAAAGGGGACAAAGUGGCUUACAGCUGGUUCGAGAAGACAAAUACCCACCCGCUGAGCCUAGCAAAUGACUCUGCCAUUCUGUAUCUCACCCUCGGCCCUCAGCAUGCCAACAAUAUCUACAGCUGCACUGCAAGCAAUCCCAUCAGCAACCGCUCCAGGACCUUCACUCCAUGGUCCCAGUGCAAGUCAUAUUCCCCAGUAUCAAGACUUUGGGGACUGUAUGCUGGGCUGUUCUUAGGGGGCAUCAUUGGUGUCAUCAUGAUUCUCCAAGUGGUAAUACUACUGUUGAGAAGAAGAGGUAAAGCAGACCAUUACCAGCCAACAGUGGAAGCGAAAAGCCUUACUAUCUAUGCCCAAGUCCAGAAAUCAGGUUCUGUUCAGAAGAAACCUGAUUCCCUGCCAGCUCAGGACUCCUGCACCACCAUUUAUGUUGCUGCCACAGAACCUGUCCCAGAGCCUAUUCAGGAACCAAGCUCCGUCACAGUCUAUGCUAGUGUGACACUUCCGGAGAGCUGACACCACGGGCCCAGUUAAGGGACUUUCUGAAGGAACAUGGAGGAGCCAAAAUAAACACUGAACUUGGCCCAGGUCUCAAGUUCCCCAGGACACUCUACACAUCUGUACUGUUCUUGAAUCAACUCUCUGGUGAUGUUGCUUCCACAUACACCAGUGAAAUGGACAAGGAACUGAGGCUCCCAAGCACUUCAACUGCUGUGCAGAGCACAGGCCCAGAACAGAGUUUUCCAACUCUGGUGUAGCAGAUGAAAUGGAUAAUGUGGGUCCAGUGAGUCCAGACUUUCAGGUGUCUUGCUCUUUGUGGGGAUUGGAUAAUAAAAGCUAAAGUCAGAAAGCCGGGACAUCUAGCACCUAUCUCAGACAGCUGACCACCAGCCACAAAGUCUGGAACAGUUUGCAUUUUGGCUGUCUGUACUUCAUUCUGGGAGCUGAACCCAAUCACCAUGCAGAUCUAGGAAAUGAGGGAUGAAUUCCUUAUUAUAUGUAUAACACUUUGAGAUUAUUCUAUAAAAGCUAAAGAGUUAAUAAAAUGAAAACAUG